UAGUUUUAUAGCUGGCACAAGCCUAGUGGCCGCCAUAAAGGAAAUAUUAUUAAACAAACUGGUUUUUGUGAAAUUUUUACGCGAUUUUUUUUUCAUAAUCUAAUCUAAUUCCGUUGGAUAAGGCUAGUCGCGAGACAUUUUGGCAGGAACAUGUUUUGUCCACAUAAAAAUUCGUACUUGCAGCUGGUGUGUGCGAUGAACCCAAGGGUCAUUAACAAGGCCGUCGAUCAGGCCAUGGAGAAACAGCACUUUGAUCCUCACUGUGAUGCUCCGGCAGCCCAACGCCUGGACUCUAUGCAACCAUCUCUGUACGCCCCACACGUGGACAUUUCCCGCGCGCGUUUGGGCUUCGGCCACAUUGGACUGCGGUUGAUCAACAGGGAUCUACAUUCAAACGACCACCUUAUACAGUUGCAGGCUCUACAUAGCGUCCUUGAUCAGGUUCAAAUAUCCGAAAACGCAUUAUUCCUGAUCGACUUGCACGUGGUGUACCGUCUGAUCGAUCUUAUGCAGAACCGCGACCCGGUCAUAAGGGAGAAAGUGUGCAUGAUCCUGACUCACAUUGCCACCUACUACCAGGGCCGCAUGCAAAUCAUGAGUAGACCCAUCAUUAUCGAAAACCUGAUAUGGCUGAUCAUGAGGGACCGCAAGGAAAUACGGUACGUUGCAGCCAGCACCCUCAAAACCCUCGCCAGAGACAGAUGCGCCAGCGAAGUUAUCUCGAAUAUCGAGGACAUAAUUGUGAAUCUCUUAAAAAUGAUCAAGCACGACCACGCCGGCAUCGUUGUGCUCCAUCUAAAAACAUUAGCCAACUUAAUCGAGUGGGACCCCAUAAAGCCUCUAAACGCAUUUCAGGUCAUGUUAACACUUUUCGAAGAUGCCGAUGCAGCUGUAGUAUCCCACGCGAUGGAUUGCAUGACCCAACUGUGCAAGCACGAAGUGGGGCGAAAACUGGCUGAUGAAUACGACCUCACUUUCGUUCUGAGAAGGUUUAUAGUGUCUCCAGAUGUCGAGGUAAUCAUAAGCGCCGUCGGUUUAAUGGCGUAUACUACCCUCACGACCAGGUCCAAGUGGCGUGCGAAGGAGGCCUGCAACGAGCUGACUAAACGUUUGGUCACCCUCUGUCACACACAUACGAAACCUCUAAUGCAACUACGUUGUAUGCAAGUUCUAAUCAACCUGUGCGAUUGUUCCGACAUCAGAAAACAUAUGAAAGCACGCUGGGAAAGAAAGAUUAAAAUGAUAAAGAUCAGGACUCACGAGGAAUGGGACGGAACGUCGGAGACAACCAGCUAUGGACUUAAAACUGGACACAACUACAGAACCAUGUGCAUUGAAAAUGUUGAAACUAUAAAAAAUGACUAUGGGGACAACGCAGCCAUUGUGAAUGUUCACAGCUAUCUCCUAAGGGUUGCUCAAAUCAAGGAGCGCCUGAUCAAAGCAAUUAACUGGAAAUCCUAUAAAGACUAAACUUAUUUUUUAAUUUAGAAUACUGACUUGUUAUCACACAAU